AUGUUCAGCCGCACAGUCGGCGCGCUCGCCGCCCUGUCCAUCGGCGCAAACGCCAUCCUUUUACCUCCCGGUAUCAGCAAGAUCUCCGACUCGCGUUCCGGCGCCCUAGGAUUUGCUCUCGACCCCAAAUCUCAGGCCAUCAAGGUACACUGUUCUGGAUGUGCCUUCCCUUCGCCCCAGCAGGAGUCUGUUCAGGAGAAGGGAGAUGAUGACAUUGUCUGGAUUCAAGGCGGCUCUAAGGAUGUUCUUUUCAACUUCACCGUCGACGACAACAACAAGGACCUUCUGUUGAAUGGAGUCAAGGUCUACCCCGUCGACACCUUCGUCUUCGAUGAGCCUACCGUUGGUCAGGUUCACUCGUCAGCCUCUCUGCUUGACAUCAAGAACAAUCCAGAACAGGUCACACCUCUUCGCGUCUCAUCGGCCGGCAUGCAGGUUCAUAAGGAGACCGUCUCUUCGCUCAAUGACAUGCUUGUCACCAUCAACUACCAGAUCGCCGCACUUGAGUCGCAGUCCAUGGCUGUCGACGGCGUUGAUAUCAAGCUCCUCGAAGGUGCUGAUGCUUCGUUGAUGAUUAUCUCGGUCGACGCCGCUCCCAACAAGAACAUCGUUGACGGCAUCUUCCCCCCCGGUGCCGCUUCCAAGGAAUGUGCUAUGCUUCCUGCUGCUCUCUGCAAGUGGAAGUCGGUCGUUGAAGACAAGAUCUCUGGCUUCAAGCCCAGCAUGCCCCAUUCCCUAGGUGGCUGUGGUGGUGGCCGUAGACCUCCUCACAGACUGCCAGGUCACAUCAGACCUCACUUCGAUAAGCCCGCUGACGGCGAGGCUCGUCCCGAUCGCCACCAUCCCCACGGCCCUGGAGCCCACCCUCACCCCCACCCUCACCAUGGUCCUCAUGGCAUGCAUCAUGGCAGCCACCAUUUCAGACACCACCACAUCUUCCCUGCCUUCGUGCGCGCCUUUGUGGCAGUCUUGAUCCCAGUCAUGGCCGGUGUAACCAUGGGCAUGUUCGUCAGCUUGAUCGGUAUGCUCGUUGGUCGCCUGAUCUCAUUCUUGUGGAUCAAGUUUGGUCGCGGAGGUCAGCGUGGCUACGCCAAUGUCGCCCAAUCCGAGCAAGACACUGAGGAUGCUGAGAAGGGCGUCGCUGUUGUUGAAGAAAACAUUGAUGAGGAGCCUCUGCCCAAGUAUGAGGAUGCUCCUGCAUACGAUGAAAAGGCUCGCGAGUAG